UGCUCAGAAUUCGCGAUGUCGGUGGUGGGUUUCGUGUCACGAUUCGUCACAUGCGGCCAAAAUCUAGCUGGGCAUCGGCUUCAACAAGUUCGUAACAAGUGGGCUGACUGGCGUAUGAUCAAGGAUCACAAACGUCGGCAGUGUGUGGUGCAGCAUGCUGAUGCCCGUCUGCGGGUAAACUCGCUCAGGAAGAAUACGAUCUUGCCGAUUGAAUUAAGGGAAAUUGCCAGCAAGGAGAUUGAUGCAUUUCCGCGAGACUCGUCGUUGGUGCGUGUACGCGAGCGAUGUGCUGUAACUUCACGACCGCGUGGUAUCGUACACCGGUGGCGGGUCAGUCGUAUCGUGUGGCGUCAUAUGGCAGACUACAAUAAGCUGUCCGGUGUUCAGCGAGCUAUGUGGUAGCUGCUGGAGUGGAUAGAUGAUAGACGACACAUUAGAGUUAUACAUUAAGUGCUGCUGUAGUUGAAAGAAACGGGGAAGAGGCGUAUCAAAAUCAGGCCUGAAGAUGUUUGAUGUCUGUAUUGAACUCCUGAUCUUUUCCAUAUCUUUAAACGGUUAAUAAGAAUCCCAUUAAUCAAAACAAA